AUCGGGGCGUUAUAUCUGCCUAUUCCUUCGGAUGGAUACAGUACGAUGCAAAAGAGGCUAAAACCCUCAAGGUUUCAUUCUCUCGUGCUCGUGCGCUCUCUUUCUCACCUUGCAAGGCAUCAAUGGCAUUUUCCGCUAAGUAUGGCCUGUUCCACCCUCUCUUGUUUUCUUCUUCUUUCCGACGGACAGAGCAUGCGUCGCUCUCCUUUUCUCUUGGCAGGAAAAAGGGCAUACGUUCUUGUCAGGGAUGGAAUAUUCAACGUCCAAUCUUUACUAACUGUUCAUCCUUUAAGUGUGUGCAACCUUCUAAUUCAGCUACAGGUUCGGUUACAUUAAAACAUGGUUUGAAUAUGGAGGAUAAUGCAGCUUAUCAGCAAGUACAAUCUUCUUCUUCUGGUUUUAUGAAUGGCUGGGAAAGGGCUAAUGAUAGAGCUGGGCAUAAUAGUCAGAAUGAUAGAUCGCAAGCACAUACAUCAUCUGAAAUAAGAGGUGAUAGAACAAAUGACUCAAAGGUUUUAAGCAACUUGUGUUCCUAUCCAUCUUUAGGGAAUUCUAGAAAAGCAUGGCGUCAAAUAACGGAUGAAUGGGAGCAGCAGAAGGCUCAAUAUUCUGUAAAUAAUGCAAUUCCUGUAGAGGCUCCGGAUAUUGCCCAUUAUGUGGAAAAGGAAGAUGAUACUAGAAGCAUACUAAAACAGCAAAGAUCUUCUCAGAUAUUUCCUUCUCUAACCUGUAACUCCAAUCCAUCAGUCCAGCAACCAGCGCAUAUAUUCAUGGGGGAAGAUGCUGUGCUGGCAAGCAAUCCAAAAGAAGAUGAUGCACCCAGUGUGGAACGCAAGAGGAGACUUACUAAACUAUAUGACAAAGUUCUAGUUGUUGAUAAUGUCAGUACUGCUGAGGAAACUGUUCGGAUGCUUACUACAAAGUACAGGAAUCUUAUCCAUGCAUGUGAUACGGAGGUGGCAAAAAUUGAUGUUAAGCAGGAGACCCCUGUUGACCAUGGAGAGAUAAUAUGUUUCAGCAUCUAUUCUGGGCCUGAAGCAGAUUUUGGGAAUGGAAAAUCUUAUAUCUGGGUGGAUGUGCUUGAUGGUGGACAUGAAGUCCUGAUGAAAUUUGCUACUUUUUUUGAAGACCAAACGAUUAAAAAGGUUUGGCAUAACUAUAGCUUUGAUAGUCAUAUUCUGGAGAACUGUGGGAUCAAGGUUUCUGGGUUUCAUGCUGAUACCAUGCAUCUUGCAAGACUUUGGGAUUCUUCAAGAAGAAUUGAUGGCGGGUAUUCGCUUGAAGCCCUUACGAGUGAUCCAAUUGUCAUGUCUGGAACAGGGUUUCACAUGGUUGAUGAAUUUAUGGGGAAGAUAUCAAUGAAGGAGCUGUUUGGGAAGAGAAAAGUGAAGAAAGAUGGUUCAGAAGGCAAAUCCAUUACUAUUGCUCCUGUGGAGCAUCUUCAAAGGAAAGAACUUAUACCUUGGAUUUGCUACUCUGUUUCAGAUUCUAUAAACACUCUCAAACUCUAUGAAAGUUUAAAGGCAAAGUUGGAGGCUAUGGACUGGGUUUUUGAUGGUAUUUGCAAAGGUUCAAUGUAUGAAUUUUAUGAAGAGUACUGGCGUCCAUUUGGUAACCUCUUAGCUAAUAUGGAAGCUGAAGGACUGCUUGUUGAUCGAGCCUAUCUUUCAGAUGUGGAAAAAGUUGCUAUCGCUGAACAAGAAGUGGCUGCCGAUAGAUUCCGUAGUUGGGCAUCCAAGUAUUGCCCUGAUGCAAAGUACAUGAAUGUAGGAAGUGAUGCUCAAAUCCGUCAGCUAUUUUUCGGCGGAACAGCUAACAGAAAAGAUGAAGAACAAAAGUUACCUAACUCCAAGACCUUCAAAGUGCUAAAUUCUGAUAAUAUUACUGAAGAUGGAAAGAAGAAUCCAUCAAAAUAUCGUAACAUUACUCUGCAAUGUUUUGGCAAAGAGAUGCAAGCAGAAAUUUAUACAGCUUCUGGUUGGCCCUCAGUGAGUGGUGAUGCUUUGAAGUCCUUCGCUGGAAAAAUUUCCCCAGACUGCAUCAAUCUGAUGGUUGAUGGAUUCGAAUCAGAACCAGACACUGCACAUAAUUCGUUAGCAGAGGAACUAUCUGAUUUUAAUCGACAUUCCAGAGAGAAGCCCGUUUAUGGAACAGCUUAUGAUGCUUUUGGACGGGGUAAGGAAGGGAAAGAAGCCUGUCAUGCUAUAGCCGCCCUCUGUGAAGUUUGUUCCAUUGACUCUUUAAUAUCUAACUUCAUACUUCCUUUGCAGGGAACUCACAUAUCAGGUAAGAGUGGGCGUAUUCAUUGCUCUUUAAACAUCAAUACAGAAACGGGACGCUUGUCUGCUCGAAGACCAAGUUUACAGAAUCAACCUGCUUUAGAGAAGGAUCGCUACAAAAUUCGGCAAGCUUUUAUUGCUGGACCCGGAAACUCACUUAUAGUUGCUGAUUAUGGGCAGCUGGAGCUAAGGAUUUUAGCUCAUCUUGCAAAUUGUAAGAGUAUGCUGGAUGCUUUCAAAGCUGGAGGAGAUUUUCACUCAAGAACAGCUAUGAAUAUGUAUGCGCAUGUGCGAAAGGCUGUAGAGGAUGGAAGUGUACUCCUUGAAUGGCAUCCUCAUACAGUAGAAGAGAAACCUCCAGUUCCUUUGUUGAAGGAUGCUUUUGCUGCUGAAAGGAGGAAGGCAAAAAUGCUUAAUUUCUCCAUUGCUUAUGGGAAAACUCCAGUGGGGCUUGCAAGAGAUUGGAAGGUGUCGCUCAAGGAAGCCAAGGAAACAGUAAAAUUAUGGUACAAUGAGAGACGAGAAGUAUUAAAAUGGCAAGAACAGCGCAAAAAGGAUCUGUUAAUUAAGCAGUGUGUUCAUACCUUGCUUGGUCGUGCACGUCGCUUCCCAUCAGUUGCUAAUGUGAGUAAUGCUCAGAAAGGUCACAUUGAGCGAGCUGCAAUUAAUACUCCAGUUCAGGGUAGUGCGGCAGAUGUUGCUAUGUGUGCUAUGCUUGCGAUAGACAGGAAUACUCGAUUGAAGGAACUUGGAUGGAGGUUGAUUUUGCAGGUGCAUGAUGAAGUAAUACUUGAAGGCCCAACCGAAUCUGCAGAGAUUGCAAAGGCAAUAGUUGUUGAUUGCAUGUCAAAGCCCUUUGAAGGAACCAACAUACUCAAGGUAGAUCUUGUUGUAGAUGCCAAGUGUGCCCAGAACUGGUAUGCUGCCAAGUAGUUGGUCACUCCACUGCAAGCCAUAUUUUCCAAAGUAUCUGGCUCUCAGUUUUUUCCAUUGCCAGAUCAAAAGCUGCGAUGGCCAUCACGAGGAAGUUCUUAUGAGCCCAUCUUAUCUUGAUUUUGUGAAUGAAUUUGUGCUUUAUCUACCGGAAAUUUUAAGAUUACAGGUAGUCUCAAGUCGAUAUAUUCAUGAUAGUGAGCCAUCAAGCAAAGUGCGUGGGUGGUCUGGAUGGUGGAGAUCAAGCAGGAGUUUCUAUUUUGAAUGUAAGUGUACAGUAAGGCUACAUUUGGGACGGCUUUCUUUCUGCUUCUUAAAUACUGAAAAGCUGCUUUAAGAAGCAUAAAGAAAAUUGUCUCAAACGAAGCCUAACUUAUCAUUUUUGUAAAAAGGGCAGUUAUUUUUGUGCGCAAUCAAUCUGCCUUAACAUUCUUAACUGGCCUGGAGAAACUUGGUUGUAGUAUGUUGUAUAUGCAGUUCUAAUAGAAGGCUUAGCUUGUGUGAACAUUGCAUGCAUUGCUUAGAAUGAUUGAAGAAAAACUAUAUUUUGGUUAUUA